AUGAACAGACUCUUCGGCGCCAAGAGCACGGCGCCCAAGCCUACCCUCAACAGUGCCAUCUCCAACGUCGACACACGAAUCGAGUCGAUUGACGUCAAACUCGCCAAGCUCAAUGCCGAGCUCUCUACAUAUCAGCAACGCCUUGGUCGCAUGCGAGACGGGCCCGGCAAGAACGCCAUCAAGCAGAAAGCCAUCAAGAUCUUACAGCAACGCAAGAUGUACGAGUCGCAGAAGGAUCAACUGCAGCAGCAGAGUUGGAACAUGGAGCAGGCAGGCAUGAUGACAGACAAUCUCAAGAACACCAUGGCCACGGUGGACGCCAUGAAGACGACGCAAAAAGAGCUGAAGAAGCAAUACGGAAAGAUCAACAUCGACAAGAUUGAGAAAAUGCAGGAUGAGAUGGCCGAUCUCAUGGACAUGGGGAACGAUAUCCAGGAGAGCAUCAGUCGUAGCUACGAUGUCCCCGAGGACGUGGAUGAGGCUGAACUGGAUGCGGAGCUAGAGGCGCUGGGUGAAGAGGUCGAUUUCGGGGCGGAAGCCCUUGGCGAGGGCGAGAUGCCUGGGUUUCUCACAGAAAGUGCUGGCCCGCCGCAAUUUAUCGACGAAGCCCCAGAGCUGGGAAAGGAGAAGCAGGCGGCGACCUGA